UCUCGCGAGAGUGGCCUCCCGCCUGCCAUGGCGGCCGGAGGGAGGCGUGAGGCGCGGGUGAGCCUGUGGGCCUUCGCGCUGGGGGGCUCCGUGGCCGGCCUGCCGCUGCUGCUCUCGGCCUCUCCGCCCUCGCUCCUGGCCGGGCCGGGCCUCCAGGGAAGGGCCGCCUUGGCGCUCCACGUCGCCGGAGUCAACGCCGCGCUCCUCCUCGCCUGGGGACGCCAGCCCGGAGGAGCCUACCAGAUUGCCAUCCGGGCCUGUUUCCUGGGCUUCGCUUUUGGCUGCGGAUUGUUGCUUAGCUUCGGACAAUCGACUUGGAAGCAUUUUGGCUGGUACAUGUGCUCCUUGUCUCUCUUCCAUUAUUCGGAGUAUUUAGUGACGGCCGUCAACAACCCCAGAAGCUUGUCUUUGGACUCCUUUUUGCUCAACCACAGCUUCGAGUACAAUAUGGCGGCUAUUUCCUCCUGGGUCGAGUUUACGGUGGAAAAAUUCAUGUUCCCAGGCAUGAAGCAGUUGACCUGGCUGAGCUCGGCCGGCCUGCUGAUGGUAGUCUUUGGGGACCUGCUGCGGAAGGCGGCCAUGCUGACCGCCGGCUCCAACUUCAACCACAUCGUCCAGAACGAGAAGUCGGACACCCACCGGCUGGUGACCCGGGGCGUCUACGCAUGGUUCCGGCAUCCCUCCUACGUGGGGUGGUUCUACUGGAGCAUCGGCACCCAGAUCCUGCUGUGCAACCCGUUCUGCGCCGUGGGCUACACGCUAGUCUCGUGGCGCUUCUUCCGGGAGCGCAUCGAGGAGGAGGAGCUGACGCUGGUCCACUUCUUCGGGGAGGAGUACCUGGCGUACAAGCGGAGGGUGCCCUCGGGGCUCCCCUUCAUCCGGGGGGCCGCGACCGACUUCUGACUGCCCCAAGGGGGACCACAGAGGGCAUCUAGCCUGACCCUUUCCUGCAGAAAGACCUCCAACUCUGGUUUUUGCAUCACGAUGGGAGUCGCAGGACGUCGUCGGGACCGAUCCGGGUCUAUUUGGGCAAAAAAUGCAUGCAAAGAAAGGAAGGCAAUGCUGGGAAGACGGAGAGUCAUUUCCCCCCUCGGACAUAGCCUCAUGUACCGGCUUUUGAUGACUUGAAUGUCCUCGUAGGUUGCUUCGUUAUCCUAUGACUUGAAUCAUAUAUAUAUAUUUUCCCCCAAUAUGAGUUUUGAAUACCAAAUCCUUCCUAAUAAAUAUGUAUUAUUAAAUUUUGAUUA